UGCGUGGCGUGUCAUGAAAGUUGUGGUUCGUGCAGCGAUGAACUCGCUACAAGUUGCCUCACUUGCUCCAUGAAGCACCUGUGGCAAGAGAACCUCUGCGUGCAACACUGUUCACCUGGUUACUACAAACAUCCCACCAGUCAAAACAAUCCAGCAGAAUGUGAGAAGUGUGACCUGUCAUGUGAUAGGUGUUCGGGACCUGCAGCUCAUCACUGUCUGCAGUGCAAGAUUGGUGAGUGUCUUCGUUAUGUCUCCUGC